AACAAUAGACUCACCAACUCUUGAAAUGGCACCAAAAAAAUCCAUCCGGUUUCGUCAAGAAGAUUUUCUUUACGACCUAAAUUGGGAUGAAAAAAAUCGAUAACUCUUUCAUUCAAGUGUUGGCUUAUGAAGCACGUGUAGGCAAUUUUGUUGUUGGAAAAGACAACAAAGAAUCACUAGCUAUGGCUCAAAACGUGAUUGAAAAAAAACAUGGCCAAUUCUUCUCUACGAAAUACAUGUUGAAAAAGUUGGGUAUCCUCAAAACUCGCCACACAACCUUCGGUUGGAUGCUAUCACUUCCCGGUGUCUCGUAUGAUGAGUCAACCAACGUCGUUACCGCGUCGGACCUGCUUUGGAAGACUAUGUUGAAGGAGCACACUUUUGCAUUUGCGUACCGGACUAAUGGGGAUAGUAAUUGGGAAGAGCUUCAAACCAUUUUUGCCCCGCCCGCGGUUGAACCAAAGUCCAACAAUAAUGAGGUUAUUGUUGUUUCGACCGAUGACGAUGAAGAAAAUAACGUCGGAAAGGUUCCCGCGUUCAACGACCGGCGCCAUGAACGCACUAGCUCGCCGCCAAUUCCGGUGGCUCAAACAAGUGUGGUAAACAUCUCCUCGGACUCUAGUGCGGUGAACUUUAAUGGUUGGGAUUACCUCACGAACUAUUCCGACUCCGAAGGAUCAUUGAGCACCAAAUGUAGCACGGCUAAUUCAAAAUACCGCCGUGCCGCUAAUGGUCCGAGUCCGUUGAAGCCGAAAGAGAGUUUGAUGCCUAGGUACAAUCACUUCCCCAACGUAAGCUCGUCCGAUUCCAACCGUCCAAAUGGUAAAGGAAAAGGUAAGGGGUCAUUUCAUGGUCCGAAUGCUCCAUAGGUAAUGGUUCAUUUGUUGGUUCGGUUUCGGUAAGAUCUUGUUUCAAGGAAAACCAUCUCCGUAUUUAUUUCGUCUCUAUAUAUUCCUUUGGAGGCCAAUUUUCAAACAACGGCUAGUCCGUCUCCCCGUAUUUCUUUGGAGACAAAUUUUAAAAAAUCGGCUAUUAUGUGUGUGUGUUUAUUUACGUACUUUAUUUCUCGUUCUUAGACUUUUAUGUUUGCACGGUUUCGGGUGCUAUAUGUAAGUUGGUUUGGGUGUUUGUAGGGUUUGGUGUGCUACAUUUAUAUAAGAUGGUUUGUACGUUUAUUAUGUAAGAUGGUUUCUACGUUUGUUAGUUUCAUUGUUAUGUCAUUACACACACUCUAUUCUAUUUGAGUUCAUUGACUCCAAUAUAGUACAAAGUACUAUCACAACAUAAAAAUAGGUUUAAAAUAUAAAAAAAUAAAAAAUAAAAACCAUAAUAAGCACUAACAGACCUCGGAAUAAAAACUGAAUAUGCCUGCAAAGUUUCUAUAUUUUUAAAUAACAUGAUGUAAUUUAAUUUCCAAAGUUAAGAAACUUGACAGUGCAUUUCGCCAAUUUCAAAAUGUAAUUGAGCAUAUUGCCAACAGUGCUCAUUGUACAUAGUAAACUAUAAUUAAAAAAAAAACAGCUUUCUAUUGUCUUGUUCAACAACAUUAAAGCUGAUAUCUUUUGUUGGUUGAGACCAUUAAAGUUGGUUUCACGUGAAGCGUUUUAUCCCAGUGUGUUUGGAAUAUAUUCUUGCAGAUGGUGUCAAUUAUAUGUGUGUGUCAAUUAAAAAAUAUAAUGCUUUGUAUGUAGUGUGUGAGUGUCAAUUAUAUA